CCCAUUUCAACCCAAGCUAAUCUCACACAUUACCAUUUAGUCAAUCUCCUAACACAAUGCCUCAUCAACUGCAAACAAUCUGCUACUUAACCUUCAUUGUUGUUCUUGUGUCAUAUCCGGCUUUCGCUCAUGACUUCUCAAUCAUCGGUUAUUCUCCGGAUGACUUGAGUUCAGAAGAGAGUCUCCAUGGUCUAUUUGCAUCAUGGAUGUCGAAGCACCAAAAAAUCUACAACAGCAUCGAAGAGAGGCUAUUUAGGUUCGAGGCAUUCAAAGAUAACUUGAAACAUAUUGAUGAAAGGAACAAGCAGGUCAGCAGCUACUGGCUUGGUUUAAAUGAGUUUGCAGAUUUAAGCCAUCAAGAGUUCAAGAAUAAGUACUUAGGCCUGAAAGUUGCACAAAGGAGAAUGAGCGAAUCUUCGGAAGACUUCACCUACGCAGACGUCACUAGUUUACCAAAAUCAGUAGAUUGGAGAAAGAAAGGAGCUGUUACACCAGUCAAAAACCAGGGUGCAUGUGGGAGUUGUUGGGCAUUUUCAACUGUGGCUGCAGUUGAAGGCAUCAAUCAGAUUGUCACCGGAAACCUAACUUCGCUGUCUGAGCAAGAGCUAAUAGACUGUGAUGAUAGCAACAAUGGCUGCAAUGGUGGACUUAUGGAUAACGCAUUUAGGUUUAUAGUCGAUAAUAAUGGACUUCACAAAGAGGAUGACUACCCUUAUAUUAUGGAGGAAGGAAGUUGUGAAGCAAAAAAGGGAGAAAUGGAUGUAGUAACUAUUGAUGGUCACCGAGAUGUUCCCCAGAACGAUGAAGCAAGUUUACUGAAGGCUCUCGCUCACCAGCCUGUUAGUGUCGGAAUUGACGCUUCUGGAAGAGACUUCCAAUUUUACAGUGGGGGAGUUUUUGACGGACCUUGUGAAACAUCUUUAGAUCACGGAGUAACAGCUGUAGGGUACGGUUCAGCUAAAGGAUCGGAUUACAUCAUUGUGAAGAACUCAUGGGGAGAGAAAUGGGGAGAGCGCGGAUACAUAAGAAUGAAGAGGAACACUAGACACCCACAGGGACUGUGCGGUAUCAACAAAAUGGCUUCUUAUCCGAUCAAGAACAAAUGAUGAUGGUGACAGAAGUAUCUUCCUAAAUCAACUUUCUUCCUGCCUUUGCAGUAAUCCAAGCAAAAAAUAAUAAGUGUGUAUGUCUAUACAAAGUUUAUUGUAAAAAUUGACAGACAACGUUCUGCAUAUUAUUCAAUGAGAAUUAUAAAUAUUCGAAGUAUUUCUUUUAGAUA